UCUUUACCUGCAUGAUGGAAGAAGGCAGCUCCGUUAGUGAGCACAUGCUCGUCAUGUCCGGGCAUGCGAAGAAGCUCAAUGACUUGGGGAUGAUGAUCCCUAACCAGCUGGGUAUUCAUCGUGUCCUUCAAUCACUGCCACCAAGUUACAAGAACUUCGUGAUGAACUACAACAUGCAGAACAUGGAUAAGGAUUUACAUGAAAUCUUUUCCAUGCUGAAAUCUGCUGAAGUAGAGAUUAAGAAGGAGAACCAAGUGUUGAUGGUCAACAAGACCACCAGUUUCAAAAAGCAGGGCAAGCCUAACAAGGGUAACUUCAAGAAGGGCGGCAAGAAAGUUGCACCGCAUCCUGAGAAGCCUAAGGCUGGUCCUAAACCUGAGACUGUGUGCUAUUACUGCCAGGGGAAGGGGCACUGGAAGCGCAAUUGCUCCAAAUACUUGGCCGAUCUGAAGAGCGGCCACGUCAAAAAGAAAGGAACUGCGGAAUAGACGAAGCCUGGCAAGAGACGAGGUGACGAUGCGCGUUGGAAAUGGAUCCAAAGUCGAUGUGAUCGCUGUCGGCACGCUCCCUCUACAUCUACCUUCGGGAUUAGUUUUAAACCUUAU